UCUGCAGUGCAGUGCAGUUUGUCAACAAAGUUUGUAUCCGCACCCUUCCGCGUAGCGCAUCGAAUUCCCUAAAUUCCGUGCAAACCGUGGGAGGGCCGAUUCUGUCAACAAUACUUUUUUUCCAUUGAUAAUAAAUUAUCGAACCACGACGUCAGACGACCUCGAUAAUUGCGGAGAGCGACGAGAAGUGGUGGCAACAAAGCUGCUCAUGUUUGCGGGCUGGCGGAGAGGUGAUUAGUGAAGUUUGUGUGGUUUAUCCAACAGAGUGUGAAAAAUGUCUCUGUAGCAGUUCACAGUCAGCAGUAAUAACCUGCUGUUCGUCGCUGACUGGUGUGUGAUUCAUUGUCGACUCCAGCAGUGGCAUUAGGGGGGUAACUUUCACUCCGCCAUCGGAGCCAUGGAUAAAAUGGAGGAGAUCAAGUACAAGGUGCUGGAUCUAAUCAAUAAAAAGAAGGACGUAAAAAUCCCCAAGAUGGGAUUUACGGAUUAUUACGUGCAACAACAGCAGGAAAGCGUACCACAACAAAAACAUUCCUCGGUACCGGGCGGCAGCGGCUCACGAACAGCUGCUUCGUCCGGUCGGAAUUCGGCGGCUUCCUCCUCUCACUUUGAGUACAGCCCGUUUGACGAUGCGGACGAUCAGUUGGACACCCGAAGUAAGGAUUCGAAUGCGAGCAAAAUGUCUGAUCAGGAAAUUCUCGAAUCCAUCGAAGCGAUCUACUUCGACAGCGGAAGUAAUACUGGCCUUCACGAAUUAAAGAAACUUUCGGAAACGGAUGACCUCUUGAACUGCAAGAACAUUGAGAGAGCCAUGGGAACGCUGAAGCAGCAGCACAAAGUAGUCUCAAAGAAGGCACUGCAGUUGAUACUGGAACAACGACCGGCAUGUGGUGAAGAAUUCCAGCGCAUCCAGGAAACGGAAGUUAUCUUGCGGGACACAAUAGAAAAGUGUCGCACCGCCCGGACGCAUCUGGAUGAAUCGAAAACGCUCCUCACGACCACUAAUCUAGAGAUUCUGGCAGGUUAUAAAAAACGUCAAACACUGGGUAACCUAUUAAAAACAUUGAACGGACUGAAAAGUAUGCGUUCAAUCGACCAGCGGUUACAGAAGCGACUGUCCGAGGCGGAUUACAGCGGAGCAAUCGCUAUUUUGCUGGAGAAUAAAAAUCUUUCAGAGAAGUUUCAACAGUACAGGUGUAUCGAGUCGCUGUCGGCUAAGCUACAGGACACACUGAUGAUGAGUGAGGUUCAGUUGGAAGCGGUGCUGAACGAAAUUCCGACCGGGUUCGAUGCUAAAAAGUAUGCCAAACUACAGGAAGCGUACAAACUAUUGGAGAAGCAGCUACUGGCGAUGGAUCAACUGCAAAUGAAUUUUAUCUCGUCGAUUCAUACGGCCGCUUUCACGGCACUGAAACAGCACAUGGAGGCCAGUCUGGAAGAGGGUAGUAAGCAAAAGCUGACGUUCGAACAGAUGUGCGAAGCGGUUCCAAGCGAGAAGUACAUUCACUGCCUGACGGAUUUGUGUCGGGCGUUCUGGAAAAUUUUGGUUUCCUACUAUCAGGUUCGGUGUUGGCACCAGAAUCAGAAGCUAUACGAGAAGGGCUUGGAAGCUCAGCACAAAGAUUCGGUCGUUCGGAAGGUGCAAGAUGGUAGCUUUCACGAGGAGUACAUCGAAAAGAAGCUGGAAAGUGGUCAGUUUCGGCUGUGGAGUGACAUUCAGGCCAAGCUGUGCAUGUUCAUUAGCAGUACUAAACUGAGUGCGUUGAAGUACGAGUAUUUUAUCCAAAUAUUGGCGAUUGUUCAGCGGUUAAAGAAGGUCGGGAUUGAAUUUUGUGACGAUCCGUCGGAGAAGCUGAUGGAGCAUUUGCAGCAGCAAAGUGUGGAGUUUUUCCGGAGGUACCACAUCAGCUGUCUGGAGGAAAUUGGUUUGUUUUUUGAUCACGAGGUGUGGGUGCCGAUUGGAAGCUUUAACGAUGUCAGUCAGCUUCAGGAGUACAAAAAUUUUAAGCACGCUCUGCAGAAUGGGGCAGUGCGAGGUGGUAAAUCGUUGAACCAAGAGAGCAAGUCGAUGGAGGCAUUGGGGGUCGAUGGAGCGGGUGGUCAACAGGUGACUAGUACCUCUUCCAUGCAUUCCCAGGAUGAAAGCUCCCUGUACGGAUCAUGCGGAUAUUUCCUGAGAUUUACGGAGAAGAGUUCGCCAUUUGAUGGUGGCUUCGAUUGUACCAUGUUGGAAGAGGACAUCCUGGCUGGUAUAGCUGAUGAAUCUUCGUACUACUAUUCGGAGGAUAGCAGCGACAGCGACGAGACCUAUUUCGAACCAAGUUCUGUGCCGAAGAAAAUCUCGAAACCAUCCAAAACCCUUUCUUCGUCAACGGUGGGUCUUACGGUGACCAAUACGUCGCUGACCGUUCUACGUUGCAUCGGCCGGUAUCUGUAUUUCUGCAAGCUACUGCAUUCAAUCGCUCCUCACAUCGUUAUGUCCAUGACAGAGCUGCUCGACUUCUAUCUUUACUCGGUGCAUGAAAUCUUUUCCCGUGAUCUGUCGGUGCCAAAAGAUAAUCUGUAUUCUGCAGCUCUCCGGCGAAUGCUUAGUCGUAUUCAGUCUACUAUUAUUCCAAAGCUUCGCAAGUGGCCCCUCUCGGAUGAGAUGAUAAAAGAGGAUCUGGCUAAUCCAGAUCUGCUGUACGGACUGCAGAAGCGAAUAGUUGCAACCGAAAGCUGCAUCAGUUUGAUCGGUCAGUUCCGUCUGAUGGAGGAGUACUUAAGCGGUUUGAUGCAGGCCUCCCCCGCCGAUAGCCAGGAACAGCUUCGGCAGUAUCUGGCGGAGGCAACCAAAGCAGCUCCUGAUAUGAGGAAGCCAAUUUUCAUGUGUGUCACUGCACGGGUGGUGGACCUGUCGAACGUCCUGCACGGGAUGGGCAAGGUAAAGUGGGACAUCAAUCACGUGAACGUGCAGCACAGCGCGUAUAUUGAUACGAUGAAUAGGGGAGUUCAGUACUUUGCCAUGCGGUUGGAGGAAAUUGCCACCCAGCAGGCGACCAUUCCGAAGGAAGCACUAUGGGACUGUUUCGUGCAUGUGCUGACGCAUUUGCUGGUGGAAGGCUUCGCGAGUGCAAAGAAAUGCUCGGCCGGAGGGCGAGCCCUGAUGCAGUUGGACUUUAUCCACUUCAUCUCGAUCCUGGAGAUCAUCUCCGGUGGUAAAUAUCCGGAGCACCGUGCCUACGUCGAGCAGUACAUCAAGGCGUACUAUAGACCGAAGGAUGUGCUGGAGCAGUGGCUGAUCGAGGGUCACUCCCGGGGGUACUCGACGAAGCAUCUGACCGCGUUGGUGCAGUGUGCCUGUACUACUGAUAAAAAGCUGCGCCAAAGGCUGCUGGCACUGGUGGAAAGUGGGGGUGCUAGUGGUAGUGGGGGUGCUGGUGGUAGUGGUGGCGUUGGCGAAAGCAACGGCGUUCAACGCGAUGAUCUGAACAAAGAAUCUUAAGUAUUGUGUAUCUCUCUCUGUAGUAUUUCGUUUUUUUUUGUAUUCUAGCUAGAGCUAGCGUAAAUUAUUUUUUAGCGGGAAUCUAAAAGCAACAAAAGACAUAAUCCCUAGCGUAAUCUCUGUUUUAUUUGAAGUAUAUUUUCUGAGUUUAUUUAACUUAACAGAACAAAAACCUAUGUACAUUAAAACUACAGUUUAAAAAGACAA